UGGCAAAAGCCGAUGUGACAGCAAAUAAAUUUGACAAUGUUUUUAUGAUUUUAUCCAGAGGCUUAAAUUUAAACAUGAAUCAUCCAACGCAAUUGUUCCAAUAUUUUUAAAACUCUUAAGCAGCUACGAAGUGCAAAGUCAUGCAUCACGAAUCUGGGCAUUUACAACGUCCAACAUCUUAUUCUCUUUCGAAAAUGAGGACUUGGCAUCCUCAUGUGUACGCAAAUCCUCCUAAACAGCCCACACCUCACUUUAUCAUUGACAUUCUUGGCAUUCGUGACAGCAACUCGCCUUUGCCACCAGCACAAGUGAGUGGUCCUAUCCUCCUGUCGUCUCCAACACCACCAUCUCAACCGGUAGUGAAUGGCAGCCACUCGUACCACCACCAUGCAAACCAUCACCACCAUCAUCACCACCACAGCAACCAGCACUUUCACAAUAGCAGCAGCAACAGCAGCAGUUGCAGCAGCUACAGUCCUUCCAUGGCUUCGGCUAGCGAGGACCUUGCAGAGCCCGCUAAGACGGUAAUUGAGCAACCUCUGAACUUGUCGUGUCCAGAAAAAGGAAGGGGCGAGACGCCAUCACCGAGUAAGCUGACCCCCUUCAGGGUCGUGCCUAAGCCCAGUCCGGGCCCUACACCUCAAAGGGUCUCGCCUAAGAACCUACCGAUUCAGGCCGCCUUUUCUCCUCCCGGCAUUAACUUGAUUCCUGUCGGGCCUCCAAAUGGAGUGGUGCCGGGCGAUAUUGCCAAAAAGGCGAACUUAACUGCUCUUAUAGGGACUAAACCACCAACGGCUGGGACAACACCGAAAGUUAAAUCUAACAACACGGUCAACAAACCAGCGAAGCGGAAGAAAGAAACGAAACCAAGUCCUCCACCUGAUGGCAACAACAACAAGAGUCCAGUUGUUGGUUUAGUAGCAGAUGCCGAUCCUAUUGCUCUGAGCACUGUAAGUCCAGCAGGCAGCUUAAAUGGCAACAGCAACUGCUCAAGCAAUCACAAUUCCACACUCGGAGACAAUAAGACGAGUUGUGGCAGUGACCAAGAAAGUGGAGACAAAGGAAAACGGAAAAAAGCAAGGACAACUUUCACAGGAAGACAAAUCUUCGAGUUAGAGAAACAAUUUGAAGUGAAAAAAUACCUCUCCUCGAGUGAAAGGACAGAGAUGGCAAAGUUGUUGAAUGUCACUGAAACGCAGGUAAAAAUUUGGUUCCAGAACCGAAGAACUAAAUGGAAAAAACAGGAAAACAUAUCAAAUGCCGAAGCUGCCGAGCACAAACAUACGAAUGAAAAACCAAGUCCUGGAGGAAAAGUGAAAAGUAGUAAAUCCUCCAAAACUUCCAACAAAAGUAACUUUGCAAAUGCCUCUUCCACAAAUCCAGAGACUACAGCUACUGCGCCAGGAAAUGCCAAUGGUGGCAGUAGUGUCCCAGUUACGAAUGGCAAAGUUUCUGGGGACUUAUGCAAUGGAUUGUCUCUAGAUGCCAUGGAUCUUGCUAGCGAUCCUCCUCAACAGACUGAAAAUUGCACUAAUUUGACAAUCUCUCGAAUAUCUGAAGAACCUUCUUCAAUGGAUGCCCAAGGUGAUGAUGAAGAACGGUGUGUUUCAGCUUCCUUUGAAUCUUCGCACAGUCCUAGUCAAGAAAGUCAAGGGGAGUUUCACUAUUCAUUUUUGGGCAACACACAAAAAGAUAGGCUAACAUCUGAUCGUAAUUCUCCUAUCCAGCUUGUCGAUCCUUCCCUGUGCAACGGUCCUUUUCCGGUACAAAACUGUGAAGAUCAGGAAAUGGAUGAAUCUAGAGAACGUCACUGAUACAUCCGUCAUUUUUGUUUUCUUGAUUAAGAAGCUAAAAUAUUUAUCUAGCCAAUAUUGGUUGCCUUCCACGUCUAUAUAUCCAUAGCAGACUAAAUUCAUGUUAAGGAUGUUAAAUUCUGAACUGUGUAGGGACGAUAUGAUCGCGAGAAAACAGCUCAUCAGAAACCUUGAAUCGUAAAAUAUUCAUUACAUUCUACCUUUUAUUUCUCGUUUCAUAAAAAAAACAAUGAUGUGUUUCGUCAUUAUUUAGAACAAUAUCAACUUAUUUUAAUUAAAUAUCCGAACGAAAUAAUUUUACACUUUAAUUAAGUUUUACGAAUUAUCAUACUUCAUAUUUUAUAUCUUUUUGAGCAUAUGUAACAACAUUUUCAAACGUUUCAGCAAGUCACAAGUUGGGCAAUCUGUUCUGAUUCAAGAUAAAAACGCCUAUUGACUAAACGGUGAAAACUUACGUGGUUUUUGAAGUUCAAUAGGGACACUGGGCCUGACAAAUAUGAACUUCGCUUCAGUCACAAUUUCAGCAUUUCUUGUUCAUCUUGCUGUUACCCCCUAAGCACUGAUGCAGAAUCAAAAUCUGAACAUCAUCAUCUGAUUUUAACAUUUCAAAGCCUUCAUCUUCAACAGUGCUGUGCAAUGAGCUUUUCCUAAUUCUAAUUUCAUAUGAAGAAUUAUUCCAUAAAGAAGGUGGUUGUGAUAUAACAGUAAAAAAAGGUAAAUAUGGGAUGAAUUAUGGUGUAUCAAUUCCUUCUUAUACUACACAGAGUAAAUAAAUCAGAACUUUAUAGACAUAGUGUAUAAUAUAUUUCUAUCUUUUUAAAUGAAGGCCAGAAUAUUGACGUACAAGGUGUUAGAACUUAGGUGGGCCUUUCAGGGGUUCUUCUGCCUUAUGAGAAUACUUUUUUUCUCUUUAAAACCAAUGCUGUUGACCGGAAAUCUGUUUUCCUGCCACGCAGCUCUUUCGUUUCUGUGUUGCAUGUUUGUGAAGUUGCAGAGAAUAAAAUUAUUG